AUGUUGAGAUCCUGUAUCUACAUUGAAGGACAAAUGCUUCGGCGCAAUGAAUUUACUAAAGCAUUCCGUAUUUUGGCACAAUCAAGUUCCUCACAACCUGAUCUGACAGUUUUGAAGCAUGAUCCGAGUGUCAGCAGUGGUGUCACAUCAUCCUCUUCACAAUGUACGCCACCGAAGUUUUCACAACCACAGACACCACCGCCUCAACCACCUCGCUCUACCAAAUCAUUUACUCUUAUCACAGCACUGACUUUCACGGCUUCUCUUGGUGGUGUUUAUUUAUACAGGAAAAUGAAGCAAGAUAAAGCACAAGAAGUAACACAGACAGAUUCAGACGCCAAGGUCCCCCCUGCUGAAGAGUCGAUACCGGCACACUCCAGUGACCUGCCCUCGCACGUCCAAUACUUAGUUGUGGGCGGUGGAACGGCUGCCUUUAGUGCGAUGCGAGCUAUCCGCAGCGCACGACCUGACGCGCAAGUGCUUAUGGUGUCGCGAGAGCGCGCGUUGCCUUACAUGCGCCCACCACUCAGCAAGGAACUAUGGCGUGAACCCAACCUGGCGUCGACCGCUUUGCAUCCCGACACGCUUUCCUUCCAGCAGUGGAACGGGCGACGACGCAACUUGCUUUAUGAACCUAGCGCCUUUUAUACACCUCCUGAAAAACUGCGAGAAACGGCCAGUGGAGCAGGUGUCGCGCGAGGCUGGCUUGUCACAGCCAUCGAUCCUGAGGCGCACACUGCGCUAUUAGAAAACGCCAGCGGAGAACGCGCAACACUUGGAUAUGACAAGUGUCUCAUUGCCAGCGGGCUGCGGCCAAAAAGACUGGAGGCAACAAAAGCAGCAACAGAAGCUGGUCGCUCGUUCACCGUUCGCUCGCUUAGUGAUGUAUCCGAGUUGGCGAAGAGAAUAGAUGCCCCGGUGGACGGCGCGCCCACUGUGUGCAUUGUUGGUGGCGGCUUGCUCGGCGCUGAACUUGCUUCGGUGCUGGCGGACCGGGUACGCGAGCUUGGUGGCCGCGUGGUGCAGCUAUUUCGCGAGAACGCGCCGCUCGCCUCACUGCUGCCGCCGUACCUGGCAGGGGAAGCGGCGCGCACUUUGGAGUCACUCGGGGUCACGCUGAUGCCGCAUUGUGACCUCACUGGAAGCUCGAUCGAAGAUGGCAAGGUACGACUGACCACGGCAGAGGGAACGUCGCUGCGCGUGGACGUCGUCGUCGAGUGCGUAGGAAGUGAGCCGCAAGUGGAGUUGGCUCGCCGAUCGCGCCUCGAGACUCAUGACACACUCGGUGGUGUUGUCGUAAAUAGCGAGCUGCAAGCGCGAACAGACGUAUGGGCGGCGGGAGACGUCGCCUGCUUCUUUGACGAGGCGUUUGGGCGACGGCGUGUCGAGCACCAUGACCACGCGGUCGCGUCGGGCCGACUGGCUGGGGAGAACAUGGUGGCUUUGCGUAACCCCAAACCCUACACGCAUCAAAGCAUGUUCUGGAGUGAUCUCGGCCCACACCUAGGCUAUGAAGCUAUAGGACUAAUCGAUUCUAGUCUGGAGACUGUAGGCGUGUUCUGCGAGGACGCAGUGCGCGACGUCAAGACGGAAGCGGCGGCGGCGGGCGCCAGCGGAGCACCGAGCGUGGCGCCGGCGUCGAGCGAGACCGCUCACGAUAAUGGAAAGAGAUACGACCGCGGCGUCGUGUUCUAUCUUCGUGAAAAGCGCGUGGUGGGGGUUUUGCUUUGGAACUUGUUCAACCGGAUGCACGUGGCGAGGCAAGUUUUAGCUCGAGGCGAGUUUGACAACCUGCUCGAAGUGGCGAAGUUGUUCUCAUUGCACGAAGACGAAUAG